UCGUGAGAGACGAUGACAGAAGUAAUUAAUUGUUAAAUCAACUAUUUUUGUAUAUGUCGAAUUAUUUUUUACUGGUAGUAUGAAUAAUUCGAUGAUCUAAGCCAGAGCAUGGCCAAUUGCCACGCACUUAGUUUCGCGAUAUCUUCCAGUCAGGUUUCUGACAUUUGAGGUCUUCUACAAAAUGAUAAUUUAUGUAUUACAGAUAGAAAUAGUAAUGACAAACUUCAUGCUUCUAUUAAAUUAGAUUUCAUUAAUCGUAUUCUCACACAAAAUGAUAAAAUCGUCGAACAAAAUGCGUCUAUUCUGUCAUUUUUAACAUCUUCUACAGAAGAGAAAAAACAAACGAAAAGUUUGAAAAGUCUGGACCCAACUGCACCUUCCUUCAAUCUGCAUGAUAUGAACGACUCUUCCACUCAACCUAUGCCAUCUCAGUCUCAAAAUCCGUCAUCUACACCCAUUAAAAUCAAGAAUGGACAGCUGCAACCAUUGCCGUCAGUGAAUUCUAUUAUCAAAACGUCUGCUAUUAUCGGAGACAGUUUACUGAAAGAUCUUGAUUCACGACAGUUGAGUGAUAGCAGUUAUAUGACAAAAAUUAGAACACAUCAGAGGGAAGAUUUGAAAAAUCUAGAUGAAAAAGUAAAUACGAAAUACAAAACUCUGCUACAAUCAUCAGACACAGUCAUAAUAUGUAUGGUAGCAGUUCCAUUUCCAUUGGUAGCACGUCCAUUACAUCAAGGAGGUUUUGAGAAGAUUGCUGAAUAUAAUCAACAAUUAAAAUCUUUAUGUGGAAAACGAAAUGUUGAAUUUUUAAGACUAAAUGAUUUUGCACAGAAUUCUCAAGGCGUUGUAACGUACAUACAACGGCAUGAUUUACCACAUUGUUUAAUUGCAACUUCUCGAGAGGCUAUGGGUAUUUUGCAUGAAAUUACUGUUGGUGCACGUGUCUUUUUCCUCUGUAAUCUAUAUCGACGACCAUCUUCGAAAC